CUAACAUGGCUACUGUCUAGUGACGUUUAUGUUCGGUUAUCGUGAUGUCAGAUGCUUGGAAAAACAUCUGGUGACCCGUCAAGCAACGUGCUGCCGAUAGCAUUCCGUCAAAAGAAUACGCGAAGAGAAAGGCUAGUGCGAGAGCGCGUGUAGUGAAGACACGAUGAUGAACAUGUGGAAAGUACGGGAGCUAAUGGACAAAGCGACCAACGUUGUAAUGAAUUAUACGGAAACAGAGGCCAAAGUUCGAGAGGCAACAAAUGAUGAUGCAUGGGGGCCAACAGGGGCUAUGAUGCAAGAAUUGGCUCAGGCUACAUUCACAUAUGAACAGUUUCCAGAGGUAAUGUCUAUGCUCUGGAAAAGAAUGUUACAAGAGAAUAAACGUAAUUGGCGUCGAACAUACAAGUCAUUGCUUCUUCUUAAUUAUUUAGUUCGUAAUGGUUCAGAACGGGUUGUCACAUCGUCACGCGAACAUAUCUAUGACCUUAGAUCUUUAGAAAAUUAUACCUGCCUCGACGAAUUUGGAAAAGAUCAAGGAAUAAAUAUUAGACAUAAAGUUAGAGAAUUAAUUGAUUUUAUUCAAGAUGAUGAUAAACUUAGAGAAGAAAGAAAAAAAGCUAAGAAAAAUAAAGAUAAAUAUGUUGGCUUAUCUAGUGAAGCAAUAGGAAUGAGAUUUGGUGGUGGUGAUAGAUGGAUGGAUAGUCCUAAAUGGAACAAAUCUAACGUAGAGACGUACAAUGAUUGGGAUUGUCGCGGAAAAGGAUUUGAGGAUGGAAAUAAUAGCGAUGACGGUGAAAGAGAAGACUCGGACAACGACACUAGUCCAAGGAAAAGUGGAAGAGAAUAUAAAGAUACAGUGGAUAAUGUAAAUCAAAUCGCUAAACCUGCUCAAAUAUCUAUACUUUCUACAAACAUAUCUCCAUCACGAAUAAGAACUGUUAAAAAAGUAGAUCUUGGAGCAGCAGCAAGUUACGGAAAAGAACAAUCUAAUAAUAAUGUUCCAGUACAACAAAAUAAUAGUUUAUCAUCGGCGACAAAUCAACAGAAGACUAAAAAUGAUAUACUGAACGAUAUUUUUGAAUCACAAAAUGACAAUAGUAGAUUAGACGAUGACGAUUUUAAUCCAAGAGCAAACACUCAGUCCUGCAUUCAGCAACAAAACACGAAUUUAGAAUUCGGUGAUUUUACCAGUGCAUUUAAUAAUUCUGCGGUUAAGAUGAAGGAUGACAACGAUGAAUUUGCCGACUUUACGUCUGCUUUUAAGAAUGUUACAAUAUCUAAUCCUUCAAGCCAGCCGCAAUUGCCGCAAUCGCAAAUUAAUUUGAUGGGUGUAACUAUGCCACCUGUGAAUAAUUCGAUAGUAAAUAAUAUGAGCAUCAAUAAUGCAGUACAAACAGCGGGUACAACAGCAUUAUCUGUGACUCCUGUUAUUCAAAACUCUAAUGAAUCUAAUGAUCUUUUUGAUUCUCUUUCACCGCAAAGUCUCAGCAGUCAGAUAACCAAUAACAAUACAGAUCUCUUAUCUAACUUGGAUACUUCAGCGAGGUUGCUUGAUGGAUGUAUAAAUCAUAAAAAUUCCAAUAUUUUUAUGCGAACAAACAACACAUCUAACACUGUCAAUUACGCAGUCUUUCUUGCAGCUUGUAAAACAGAAGAGAACGUUGUGUCGACCGAAAGUCAAUCGAAUAACGCCGCCAAACAAUUGCUGGAAGUAUUGUGCACUGUGUGCCAAAUUAAGAGUUGCACCGAUUUGGAGAGAAUAAGAUCGUCCAUUACUAACUACGUCAGAUUUUUGCCAGGGCCUCUUACUCCUCAAAAAUAUACUGGUCUUGAUUCUGGUGUGAAAGUGGAUACUAUGUUGUAUGGAAGAAUUUUAGAAGAAAUAAUCAAUAAGUUUGAUCAUACAGACGAUUGGCCAUUAAAUAAGAACGACUUAGAUCCCCUCAUCAAAAAAUUAAUAAUAGUCGAUGGUGCAACUAUCUUUAUGUUGUUGGAAUCUUUGAGAGCUUUAACUGUCGCUUUAAACGAGUCCAAAGAAGAGAAAAAAAUUCGUACUAUUUCAAUAAUAUUGGAAAUUCUAUUAAAGAGUGAUGCAGUAUUUUCGGGAAUGGUGGACGCAUGUAAUUGUGGAGCGCAAUUACUGCAGGAGGAACAUAUAAAUCAAGCCUGGCAAAAUACAAUACAAAUAUUGGUAUCUUUACCAAAUCGCGUGUCUAAUAAGUUAAAGUUUAACAUGUUAGAAUCCUAUGUGCCGCAAGUUUACGUAAAGAUACUCUGUUAUCACACAUGUCACGCAAUAUCGUUUGUCAGUUAUGGCUUAUGGAAAUAUGACAUUAAACCAAAAACAGACGUACUUUCAUCUUUAAUUAACAAAAUUGUAAUAAAUUUCAAGCCUGUUAAUUUUACUUUCUUUGUUGAUAUCUUAAAAGAAUGGUGUUUUGAAAAUAAGAACGAACGAUGUUUAAUUGAAAGUAUAUUUCAUGAAUUAGAUUCGGUUACCAUUGAAUACAUAGCUACUUUAUUGUUGAAAAGUUGUGAUCCUAAACUCGGUGUGCGUCCUGUUUUCGGAAAUUUGUUAACGGAACCAAGUUGGAAAUAUGUUUUAACAACAAAAAUCCCUUUAAUGCGUUAUUACGAAAAUGAAAAACUUGUUAUAAACUUGAUUUCCUACUUCUCAUCUUAUUCAGACAAAAGUAUUUUAUCCGAAUUAUUAAUUAAACUCUUAGAGAUUUGGAGCGAUAGCAGUAUUUUAAAUCAUAUACCUAUGGAACAGCACAAGUACAUUACACAGUUGAUUAUUCUAUCUGUAAAAGCGUGUAAAAACCAUUUGAAGCAAACUGAAAUAGAGCAAUGCCAAAAAUUAUUGUUUUCUGGGAUAUCUGUUCAUCUUGAAUGUACAAAUGUUUUCUUACGAACGAUAGGUAUGAUGACCACUGAGAUUUGUAUAAACUCUUUGUCUAAUGCGGAUGCACCAAAAUUAAAAUUCGAAUAUAACAGCUUUUCUGAACAAAUAUUACAAGAACUCGAGUCUUUGAAAGAUUUAAAUGCACUUGAGUUACCUAUAGAUUCAAAAGAGCAGUCUAAACAAAGCAACGAGGUAAAUAAUGAGAAUAUUGAGUUUAAUUUUCUGAUUAACAGAAAAAUUUAUGAAUUGGCUAUUGAAUGCCAUAUUGUUCCCGAUCUAGAAAAUCUAACGAAUAAAAACAAAGAAGAUAGUACUUCGAGAAGUAUCACGAUAAAAGAUAUUCCAGUGGAAAUGAAAACAAUAAAACAGCAGAUUGAACCAAACUGCGAUAGCAGUUCAGAUUUGGAUAGCGACGAUGACUUAGUUCCUUACGAUAUGAGUGACAAUAAACUGUGUAAUAAAACACGCCCGAAAUAUUUACGAGAUUUGUACAAGAAUUUAACAGAUGAACGAACCAUCACUAAACCCGAUAUUUUUUCGGAAUCCUUGUCAGUCUGUGAAGAAUUAAUACUAACGCAGUUACUAAACGAUGAUGUAUCCUUCGCUAUAGAACUGUUGCAACUUCUCGUAACGUUAAAAGAACAUUCGUACGUCGAGAACUUUGCACUUGUAGUUUUCAAAUGUUGCGUGGCGAUAGUAACUGUGCGUCCUAAAGAAUGUGCAGAGUUUUUGUGCAAAGAAUUUUACGAGGAAGAUGGGAAAUAUUCACUAAGUCAGCGAUUACUGUUUCUGGAUAUAUUAGCCGAAUCUGCGAAACGAUUGUCAAAAUUCACUGUUGAUAAUACGAAUAGCACUGACGAUGCCAUUAAUACAACAAUUAAGAAAAAGCAGAUUUCGAGCCCUAUAUCGCUUUUUAUAGAUAUGGAGGAAAGUAAGAAACAACAAAUAUGGUACAAUGAAGAAAUUGAAAUUGAUCUGGAAGCAUCAGAAAAUCGAUCUUUAAACUGGCAAGAAAUUAUUGAUAAAAGAGUUGCAUUACGUACGAGACGAUUUGCACAUGAAUCAAAAUCUCCAAAAACUUAUAUUAAUAAGUUUGGGAAUGUUGUAUCGUCGUUUUUUUAUCCGCUUUUGCACGGGUUUGGUCGUCCAGAUAUUUAUAAACUUAAAGGCUUAAAAAUUUAUAAGGAUCAAGAAAAUAUUCUGUUAUUACGUUUUUUGAAGACAUUAUCCACUAUAAUGUUAGCGGCACAAAAUUGUCCACUGGCAUCAAAGAUGGGCAAGGAAAUUUUAGAACUUACAUGGACAUUGAGGAACCACAAUGAAGCGACAGUAAGAUUAGCUGCUGUAGAAAAUAUCGCUUCCGUGCUUGUAGCAGUGCCGAAAGAUGCUAUCGUCAGUGAAUUGUUUGAACUUUUGAUGGAAAUAAGAGAGUGGCUUUUAUUGUCACAGAAUGUCAUCUAUGGCGAACAUGAUGCAAAUUGUAGAGCGUUAAACGAUAAAGUAUUGUCUUUUGUCACUUCACUUAUUGGAUCCGCUUUUAGUAUAAAAACUAAUCAAGAAUAAUUAUUGUUCUUAUUGUCGAACUGUUUACAGCAUUAUUAUAACAUUAAAUUCAUGGAAAAGUUUUAGCGUAAAUCUAUGUAAAUUUUAGCAUAAAAUGAUAAGUUACAAUCAAUCUACAUGUAAUUUCUAAACUAUACUAUACAUAUAUCAGUUAAUACUAGUAAAAGCAUUUACUUUUGUAGAGAAAAACAUUUAACAUGUAUUUGUAUAUGCAUGUAUAUAUACUUACAAAAUUUAAUCGAUUGAACGAUUAAAGUCACAGGCAUAUAUAUAUAUAUAUU